UUUGCCACACUGCAUCACUUGUGGGAUCUUAGUUCCCCGACCAGGGGUCAAACCUGGGUCCACGGCAGUGAAAGCCCAAGUCUUAACCCCUGGACCACCAGGGAAUUCCCCAAGUCAACUUGUUUAAAACAUAAAUCGUUCUGUGUUACCCCUUUGCUUAAAAUCCUUUAGUAAUAAUUGUGCCUGCUCAGGGUCUCCAGGGCAUCUCAUUCUCCAGCCUUUCUUGUUAAAAAAAAAGAAGAGGUUUUUUGUUAGUUUGUCCUUGCCUCAGUGUCAAAUAAACUGCCACUGAUUGUUUUUGACGAACACCCCCAGGGAAAAGACAGUCAGGUCAAAGACAAGCCUUGCAGAUGGGGUUUUCCAGGGAACUACCAGACACUGCAGAUGAUGACAGUUUUCUGAUCAGGGGGCUGAGAAAGCACCAGCCCAUCUUGACCCUGCGUGCAGCUGCUAAGGAGGGGUCUGGCAACAGGGCAAGUGACAGUGCCACAAAUCUCGCUGUGCUGAGAAUCAGCCAGUUUCCUUAAACACCCUUGGACUGGUGCAAGCCUUUAAUCUCCAGACCUAUGAAAAAGUGAUAUAUUUGGACAGUUUUUUUGACAGUGUUCUCACCGCGUUCUUGAAGGGUCUUCCUGCGCUCUCCCCAAUGGCAACCCUCCAGGGUCUCCGCAGUAGCUGUUUGUCUGUUGAACGGAUGAGUAGCUGAGCCCUCCCAUGGGCUGCUUCCUAGACGGCUUCCGUGGAACUUGGCCUGUGUCUGCUGCAGGGAAGGGGAAAUCCUCACCAUUCACACAGUGCACCGGGAUGACCUUUAAUCUUGGGUCCACCCCUUAUCGGCUCCUAACAAGGAAGGAGCGCACCUACCGGGCGCCCUUACCAUUGUUGGUGCAGCCAGCCUCGACGCCUCGGACUCAGAUGGUAGCAGUCUUCGUUAACAAUUACUCUCUACGAGGGCAAGCACUUCACGGGGCGGAAGCUGGAGGUCUUCGGGGACUGUGACAACUUCCAAGACCGAGGCUUUAUGAACCGGGUGAACUCUGUCCGUGUGGAGAGUGGGGCCUGGGUCUGCUUCGAUCACCCCGACUUCCGGGGCCAGCAGUUCGUCCUGGAGCACGGCGACUACCCCGACUUCUACCUCUGGAACAGACACAACGACCACAUGGGCUCCUGUCGGCCUGUUGGAAUGCAUGGGGAGCAUUUCCGCCUAGAAAUCUUCGAGGGCUGCAACUUCACGGGCCAGUGCCUGGAGUUCAAGGACGACUGUCCCUUCCUUCAGAGUAAGGGCUGGACCAAGAACUGGGUCAACGCCAUCAAGGUGUACGGGGACGGCGCGUGGGUCCUGUACGAGGAGCCCAACUACCGCGGCCGCAUGUACCUGGUGGAGCGGGGCGACUUCCGCAGCUUCUCCGACUGGGAGGCCCAGAGCGCGCGCGUCCAGUCCCUCCGCCGGGUGGCCAACUUCUUCUAACCGCCCGCCCGCCGGUGUCUGGCUGCGACCAGGAGCGGCCCGGAGAGAGGGACAGUCCCCCCAGCCCGCCCGGGACUCGGACCGUGGGAAAUAAACGUCAUAAAAGCCAAGCGCUGAGUGACUCCUCUGCCCUUCGUGACCAAGGGACAGCCGGGCGGGGGGCCCCCAGGCCCUGGGCAAGGGGCUGGCAGGACCCCCCGGCGUGGGAGGGAUCGACCAGGAAGGGUGGAGGGGGACGUUGCGAGGCACCCGCUGGGGGAGCAUUAGGGCUGGAAGGGACCUAUAGGUCAUGGAGUUCAAUCCUGUCACUUCACACGUGAAAAGCCAGCGUCCUACAUGGGGAGUCACCACCUCGGGUCCCAGAGCAGCUCCCAGUGGAACCAGGAUGGGGCCAGGGCGCUUCCCCUUCCAGGAACCCCACCCACAGGCC